AUGGCGGAUGUGAAAGAAACCAAAGGUCCCGACUUGGACCCAUCUCAGGAGAAGUUUGAUAGUUCUCCGGCGGAAAGCAAUAUCGCAGACGACUAUGCCGAUAUAAACGAAAAAUCGCUUCUUCGAAAACUCGACUACAAGCUCCUUCCUCCAUUGACGAUUCUGUACCUUUUGUCUUUCCUUGAUCGAAGUAAUGUCGGCAACGCUCGUUUGGAAGGGUUGACCGAUGAUGUUGGCAUGACUGGAAACCAAUAUCUUACUGGUUUGACCUUGUAUUUCGUCGGUUAUGUCGUGUUUGAGGUCCCUUGCAAUAUCAUACUGAAGAGGACAACUCCCCGGAUAUGGCUUCCAACGCUCACUCUCAUCUGGGGCAUUGUUGCGACACUUCUUGGUGUUGUAGAAAACUAUGCGGGAUAUCUCACCUCGCGAACAGCUCUUGGUGUUGCCGAAAGUGGUCUAUUUCCCGGUGUCGUUUUCUAUCUAUCUAUGUGGUAUAAGCGAAACGAACAGCACUACCGCGUGGCAUUGUUUUUUAGUGCAGCUUCGCUUGCGGGUGCUUUUGGUGGAAUCCUUGCUUGGGGAAUCGCGCACAUGGAUGGUGUUGGCGGCUACGCUGGUUGGCGGUGGAUUUUCAUCCUGGAAGGGCUACUGACGGUGGUAAUGUCUGUCGUUGCCUACGUUUGGGUCUACAACUAUCCAGCUACCGCAGAAUUCUUGUCAGACAAGGAGCGUAGCUUCAUUACCUUUCGCCUAAAGCACGAUAAUGAUGCGACACGUGAGGAGAAAUUUACUUGGUCUGCUGUUGUAGAUGCUGUCAAAGAUCCCAAGGUCUGGUUGUACGGGCUUGGCUUCCACUCAAUGUCUCUUCCAUUAUACACCCUCUCUCUAUUCCUGCCCACAAUUAUCAAGGAACUUGGUUACAGCGCGGCUAAAGCCCAGCUCCUUACCGUCCCUCCCUAUGCACUCGGGUUUAUAACGACGAUCACCGUCGCUAUCCUUUCUGAACGCACUAGGCGACGGGCACCCUACAUAAUGGGCUCCUCGGCGGUUGCUUGCAUUGGUUAUAUAAUUCUCCUUACUGGGCGCAAACCCGGUGUAUCAUAUCUUGGGACCUUUUUCUGCUGCGCGGGCAUCUAUCCCGCCGUAGCAAUUGUCCUAUCCUGGCCCGCCAACAAUGUCUCUGGCCAGACAAAGCGAGCCAUUGCCAACGCCAUGCAAAUAUCCAUCGGUAACCUCGGUGCUGUCCUUGGAACGCAGUUGUACCGGACGGAAAGCAGUCCUCGAUACUUUGUGGGUCAUGGAUUCGCACUGGGGUAUCUUGUGGCGAACAUAAUCGUCGUAUUCAUCCUGUGGCAGGUACUUAACCGCGAGAAUGCCAAGAAAGCUGAGAUUAGGGAACGUGAAGGUCUCCAGGCACUGAUUGGAGAUAUUGGCGAUACGGAGGGCGAAUUUCAAGGAGACAAGGAUCCUCGAUGGAUCUUCCAGACUUGA